AUGGAGUGCCUCGAAGCUUCGGCUUCCUCCUCGACAGUCGCGAGCUCGGCGGACAGCCGCGCGAUGGCAGCGGCAACGGACGUCGUUGCUGCAGCGGCUCGUCCUCGCUGGAAGAAGGCGCUGUCGCUGGGCUCCACGACCUCCACGGCCGACUCGGAGCGAUGCACGGACCUGGACGAGCUCGACAUGGAGGCGCGCGCGGCGGACGGCGUGCUGUCGCUCAACGCCAAGACAGGCGUCUACUCUGGCUGGGUGCACGUCGCAGCCUUUGGCGGAGGCUUCGCCAAACGCUUCUGCCGCCUGGAGGAGCUCGUGUGCAAGUUCUACGCCUCGGCCGAGGACGCCGACAAGCGCGUGCGGCCCGUGGCCCGCCAUGUCAUCAUCUCAGUUCGACGCGUGCACGCGCGCAACAAGACGUUCGCGUUCACGGACUACGAGGACCGCUCGGUGCUGCUGCACACGUGCAUGGGGGCGGACUUUGAGCUCUGGUUCGGCACGUUCGCGGCCAUCGUCAAGGCCACGCAGGUGGCCAAGUCUCACACCAACACCACUCCAAGCUAUCGACGGACCACGACAGUCACGCCGAGGUUCACGAGAGGGGGCAGGAGGCACCAGGCGGCGCUGGACGAAGCCCAACGCCUGCGCGCUCUAACGGCGCCAAUGUCUCUGAGCUCCGUGAACUUGACGAGGCCGCAGAGAGCCGAGCUGCCGCCUGUUGCCGUGGAUGAGGAUGACCCGGAACGCACGCACACUGUGUGGCUCUAUGUGGCAGCUCCGUGGUGGCGGAAGCUGCUGCUUCGGCGACAGAGGAUGCGACGGUACUUCGUCUUCUCCGGGACGACCGUGAGCUGCUUCAGCGUCAACAAAGAGGGCAAACGCGCCAUGUUCACGCACACCAUCACGUCGUGCUCUUACGACAGCGACAAGGACGCCGGGUUGCUUGAACUCGAGUGUGGGAACUCGCACAAGAAGCUCCGACUCAACAGCAAUUCCAACGACGGACGCAGUGCAGUGGCCGCCACUGCAAAGUACAUCCAAACCUCUCUAGACUAUCAGUAG